AUCUCCAGCAUCAUUGCACGUUGCAAAGUUCCUUCCUUCAAUCAGCUCGUAUACUUACUGUGAUCCCGCCGGAAGCUGUCCCAAGCUCACCUGGUAGUGAUUGCGGCCAGGAUGGGCUACGGCAAUCGCAAGCGACGCUAUUCCGGCGACAACGACACGGAUGACCGCCGCUUUCGUCGCCGCUUCGAAGACCGUCGCGUUGAGGAGACGCCUCUCACCAGGCUCCGCCGCCAACUCCUUCACAUUGGAUCCGGAAGGGAUGCGUACGAGGAUGCGGUUGAUCUUGCGCUCGGCCUCGACGAGAACUUCGACGAUACCUACCUGCAAAAUGAGUUCUUCAAUAUCAUGAUCCAGCUGAUUCUCGAACAGCCUUUCAGGAUACCAUACUUGGCGCUGGUGGUCAUUUACACUAACAGUGUGAACACCGACAUUGCCACGGAUGCGCUGAAGCGAAUCGCAACCCGUACACAAGAUGCCUUGAGCAAGGGAAAUUGGGCCGAGUUCAAACUCCUACUUCGCUUCCUUGCCUGCGUCCAGUCCGAAUUCGAGGGCGACGGCGUGUUUAGCUUCCUAGAACAGCUGUUCGAUACCGUCGUGGACCUGCAGAGCUCAAACGAGAAUGAUGUUGUCGGCAUUGAAUUGGUCAAAGUCAUCCUCCUCACCAUUCCGUAUGCGAUUUUCUCCAGUGGCGCUUCGUUCCACGAGCAUGCCCAGAAGCUAUUGGAUAAGACCGGUAUUGUGGCGGGAAACAUGCUUCCCAUGGAAGGCCUGAUUCAUACAUAUGCUCCUAAUGGUGGUGACAACAUCCCGAUGGCCUACCAUAGUGUCAUCGGAUUGUUGCAAUCCCAGCUUAUCAAGGAGUCCGCUGCUGGUUGGCCAUUGUCCUUUUUUCGGCCCUUCAUCCCCUUCCCGGAAGAACAUGUAAAAGUCGCCCACUUGAAGCACCCGUUUCCUGCCUUCGCCAUUCCUUCUCCCGUCAACCCAGGCCUCAAGCCGCUGUUCCCCGAAGCCUACUUCUCUCUGUACACCGGGCAAGAUAUCGAAAGCGUGCCGAAGCUUGAUGACAUCGCCGCUUCUCUCAUUCGGGAUUCUAUUGUCGACACCAUUGACCAGCUCGACUUCAACCGGGAAGCUGUAGCCAAAUUUCUGAUCGACCUCGACCAGUUCUGGGUCAAGGACAAGUUCGCCCACCGUGGAACUAGCUUCGAGAAGUUCAAGGAGCGGAUAAAAGCAGGUGAGGAGCUCUGGAAACCAGAGGACAUCAUUGUGGAGGCGAUCUUUUCCCAGCUGUUGAAGUUACCCAACCCGGAACACAAGCUGGUCUACUAUCACUCCCUCAUUACGGAGUGUUGCAAGAUUGCGCCAUCGGCGAUUGCUCCCUCACUAGGCAGGGCCAUUCGGACAAUCUACAAGAAUCUUGAUAUCAUGGAUCUGGAGUUGGCAUAUCGCUUCUUGGACUGGUUCGCUCACCACGUCAGCAAUUUCGAUUUCAGAUGGCGAUGGCAGGAGUGGGCUGAUGAUCUCUCCCUGACGGAGCUCCAUCCUCAAAAGGCAUUCAUUAUUGCGGCACUUGACCGGGAGAUCCGCCUUUCGUUUGCGAAGCGCAUCCGGUCCACGAUCCCGGAGAAUAUGCAUUCGCUGAUCCCGGAACGCUUGGACGAAGACAAAAGCCCGGACUUCAAGUAUGACAAUGAAGCCACUCCUUAUGCUGCCGAGGGCCAAGCACUCCUGGCCCUCCUCAAGAAGAAGGGCUCAAAUGAAGAUUUCAAGCAAACCCUUGAUAAGAUCCGAGAGCUCGCUGCAGAGCAAGGAAUUGCCGAUGUCCUGGUACCCUCCGCCGAUGCCUUUAUGACAGCCAUCUGCCGCGCUGGCGCCAAGUCGCUCUCUCAUGUUCUUUCGUGCAUUGAACGUGGGAAAGAGCAGCUGCUAUCCAUUGCGAACAACUCCGAGACCGCUCGGCGACAGAUUGUGGCGAGCGUGGUCGAGUACUGGAAGGACCAACCUGGCGUCGCAGUCAGAAUCAUCGAUAUCCUUCUCAACUACACCAUCUUGGCACCCAUGACGGUCGUCCAGUGGGCGCUCGGCGACUACCUUGGAGCAGGGGAAGCGUUGGCCAAAGCAUGGGUGUUCGAGAUGGUGUUGAACACGAUGGCCAAGGUCACGAAGCGCAAUCGCCAGAUUGCCUUGGCACGACUUCAGAAGGACCUGCCCGAGGACCAAAUUGAGCUAGUGGAGGCCACGUUGGCCAAGGACCGCGACAAGGCCCGGGAACUGUUCAGAUAUAUCGAGGACACACUCCGCGGCGUUGCCGAGGGCGGCGACACGCUGCUGGAGAAGGAGGCCAGCGGCGCGAUUUCCACCAGAGAGGGCGAACUCAUCAGAGCUUGGGCAAGGCGAUGGCACACCGUUUUCGUCCGCAAAGCGCAGGUCGAGGAAUCCGUGGUUGGGGAGGAGGCUGUGGAGGCUAGGGUGAGGAUUCUCGAGGCUGAGCCCAAGUCGCCGCACCCUAUGCCUAAGGUGGAGCAAAUGGACGAGGACGCCAAACCCGGGGAGGAGACGAAUGGCGCUGAUGUGACCCUUUGAUGGGGUGAUGAGGAGUGAGAUAUGGAUUUAUGAUUUCGGUGAACGGGAAGCGGAGAGUGGAGGAUUUUCCAAGCUGCUCACAUUCGCAGCAUUGCAACGUUGCACUGACCGGUGCUCGUAUUCUCUAGAGUUCUGGCUCCACUUCAGUCUUCAGGAGGCGACUGCUACGUCGUCGGCUAUACUGGGGAGUACAAUCUCGGUUUACUUGUAUCGUAUAGUAUCUAGCUGUAAGACAGCCCUUUUCUAGUGCUAUAUGCACUGGAGUCGUUAUGGCGCUU